CGGCAUGCACUGGGGCUGUGGCCACCGCCUCCAGCUCUAGUUUGGGGUUGGCUUGGUUCCCAGACUGCACUGGAGCCCUGGGCUUUAUGCCCCGACAUUCAGUGUAUUUGCAUAGAGCAAAUGCUGGCCGCCAACCCGGGCAAGACCCCGAUCAGCCUUCUUCAGGAGUAUGGGACCAGAAUAGGAAAGACGCCCGUGUACGACCUUCUCAAAGCCGAGGGCCAAGCCCAUCAACCUAAUUUCACCUUCCGGGUCACCGUUGGCGACACCAGCUGCACUGGUCAGGGCCCCAGCAAGAAGGCAGCCAAGCACAAGGCAGCUGAGGUGGCCCUCAAACACCUCAAAGGGGGGAGCAUGCUGGAACCAGCCCUGGAGGACAGCAGGUUGCAGCUUGUUGGUUCUUUUUCUCUCCUAGACUCUUCACUGCCUGAGGACACUGCUGUCAUUGCUGCAGAAGCUGCUGCCCCCGUUCCACCUGCUGUACUAACCAGGAGCCCUCCCAUGGAGAUGCAGCCCCCUGUCUCUCCUCAGCAGUCUGAGUGCAACCCUGUUGGUGCUCUGCAGGAGCUGGUGGUCCAAAAAGGCUGGCGUUUGCCAGAGUACAUGGUGACCCAGGAGUCUGGGCCUGCUCACCGCAAAGAGUUCACCAUGACCUGCCGGGUGGAGCGUUUCCUUGAGAUUGGUAGUGGCACUUCCAAAAAGCUGGCGAAGCGUAAUGCAGCAGCUAAGAUGCUCCUCCGAGUGCACACAGUGCCUCUGGAUGCCCGGGAUGGCGCCGAGGCAGAGCCUGAUGACGACCAUUUUUCUAUUGGCGUGAGCUCCCGCCUCGAUGGACUGAGGAACCGUGGACCAGGCUGCACCUGGGAUUCCUUGCGGAAUUCUGUGGGAGAAAAGAUCCUGUCCCUUCGCAGUUGCUCCGUGGGCUCUCUAGGGGCUCUGGGCUCUGCCUGCUGCAACGUCCUCAGUGAGCUCUCUGAGGAGCAGGCUUUCCAUGUCAGCUAUCUGGAUAUUGAGGAGCUGAGCCUGAGUGGGCUUCGCCAGUGCCUCGUGGAACUGUCUACCCAGCCAGCCACAGUGUGCUACGGCUCUGCAGUCACCAGGGAGGCGGCCCGAGGCGAUGCUGCUCGCCGUGCCCUGCAGUAUCUCAGGAUCAUGGCGGGUAGCAAGUAGCACCCUACGCAGUGAUGGGUGUGCAUCUUUUACUUCUUGCUCCUUCUGCCUGCCCCUGGGUCCGUGCAUCCAUCUAGCUCUGGUACCCUCCAGAGGUGUGUCAUCUCUACCUCUGACACCGCCUGCUUGCCUUGAGACUGAGGAAGGCACAGGCAGGCAAGGAGCCAUGAACCACAGGACCCCAGCCAGCACAGGUUUUGCCCUCAUUCCAUGAUGAUGAAUGGAAAGGAAACUGGAAUUCUAUUGGAGUCCAGAAUAAAUGCUUUCUCUGGCCCUGAGUCAUGAAGGUGUCAGAGGAAUAAA